GCUUAUGCAUCAUCAUCAUUCCCUCCAAUCCAAUACCCUGCUUAAUGAAUUCACUUCCUCCUGCUAUCGCAGAGACCUCCCUGCUGCCAUGAGAGCUUUGACUUCCAUGCAGAACCACCGAAUUUGGGCCGAUUCUGUAACAUAUUCCGAGCUCAUCAAGUGCUGUCUAGCUUGUGGCGCCAUCCAGGAAGCCAAACUUGUCCAUAAACACAUUUUCUCUGAUGGCUACCAGCCCAAAACUUUCUUGAUUAACACUCUCAUGAAUAUGUACGUUAAGUUCAAUUUAUUAAAUGAAGCACGGGAACUGUUCGAUCAAAUGCCUGACAGAAAUGUUGUAUCUUGGACCACCAUGAUAGCUGCUUUCUCGAAUGCAAGACUGGAUCACGAGGCCAUGGAGUUCUUGACUCUUAUGCUCAGAAAUGGUGUCCAUCCGAACAUGUUUACUUAUUCUUCUGUUUUGCAAGCCUGCAAUGGGUUACCCAGCCUCAGGCAGAUCCAUUGCGGUAUAACUAAAACUGGUUUGGACUCUGAUGUAUUUGUCAGGAGUGCACUCAUCGAUAAUUAUUCCAAGUGGGGUGAACUGCCAAAUGCAUUGACCGUUUUUAACGAGAUGGAAACUAGUGAUUUGAUUGUUUGGAACUCAGUAAUUGGUGCCUUUGCUCAAAACACCGAUGGAGAUGAAGCUCUGAAUCUUUUCAAACGCAUGAAGAGAUGUGGGUUUAUGGCCGAUCAGGCGACAUUGACUAGUGUUUUGAGAGCUUGCACCGGACUAGCCUUGUUAGAACUGGGAAGACAAAUUCAUGUUCACCUGUUGAAAUACAACCGAGACUUGAUUCUAAGCAAUGCACUUCUUGAUAUGUACUGCAAGUGUGGUAGCCUGGAGGAUGCAAGAUUUGAGUUCAGUAGAAUAGUGGAUAAGGAUGUGAUCUCUUGGAGCACCAUGAUAAUAGGUCUGGCCCAAAAUGGUUUCAGUCAUGAAGCCUUAGAGAUGUUUCAGAAGAUGGAAAGUUCAGGCACCAAACCUAACUACAUCACAGUUGUUGGAGUAUUGUUUGCUUGUAGCCAUGCAGGAUUGGUAGAUAAGGGGAGAUCAUACUUUGAAUCCAUGGAAAAGAAUUUUGGUAUCAAACCAGGAAGAGAGCACUACGGUUGCAUGGUUGAUUUACUGGGAAGGGCUGGAAAGCUUGAUGAGGCUAUUGAGCUGAUAAAGAGAAUGGAACCUGAACCAGAUGCUGUGACUUGGAGGACUUUGCUUGGGGCAUGUAGGAUUCACCGAAAUAUGGAUCUAGCUGCGUAUGCAGCUAAACGGGUGCUAGAUCUUGAUCCUGAUGAUGCAGGAACGUAUAUCUUGCUAUCAAAUAUUUAUGCAAAUAGCCACAGGUGGGAAGAUGCUGCUCAAGUGAGGAAGACAAUGAGGGGGAACAAUGUGAGGAAGGAACCAGGGUGUAGCUGGAUUGAAGUGAAUAAACAGAUUCAUGCUUUUAUAUUAAGGGACAAUUCACAUCCAGAAAUUGAUAAGAUCGUAAGGCAGCUAAACAAGUAUGUUGAGAGAUUAAAGGAAGUGGGUUAUGUUCCAGAUUCGAAUUUCGUGUUGCAAGAUGUUGAAGGGGAACAGAUGGAAGAUCCACUCUUGUACCACAGCGAAAAGCUGGCAAUUGUUUAUGGGUUAAUGGCUUUAACAAAGGGAAAGAACAUCAGGAUUAGAAAGAACCUUAGAAUCUGUGGAGACUGCCAUCUGUUUGCUAAACUUUUGGCAAAAAUGGAGAAUCGGCAUGUGGUUAUAAGAGAUCAAAUUCGUUACCAUCACUUUGAAGGAGGAGUUUGCUCCUGUGGGGAUUAUUGGUAACUCAAACAGAAAAUAACGACUCUUAACUACUGCGUUUGUUUUUAAUCCUUGGUACUUUUGUUGUUUACUCUGUUUCCGUAAGUAUAAUAAUUUGUCAUCAUAAUAAUGUGACGACAUGAUAUAUUCAUUUGUUAUUGUGAUAUAUUAG